AUGGAGCGGGUGGACAGGGUAAACAGGGUGGACAUCUCUGUCUUGCCAAACAACAACCACCCCGAGAAGUUCCUGCAGCUGGAUGUCAGGACUCUGCCGGGGAUGUUUCAGGUGGGAGCACUGGUCUCCAGUCAGAGACACUGGCAGAACCGAGUCUACUCACAGGUACGGACUCCUGAUGUGUGCUCACCUCACUGACUGAGACAGACUUAUCCACUCUGCACGUGAAACUUUCUUCUUUUUUCAGAUCUGCAUUUACCCCUGCAUGAACUUUCUGUAUUCAAACACACUCAUUUGCAUUCCUAGAUUCGUGCUGUUUGACUCUUAAACUCUGCUCUUCCUGACACCUCCUCCCUCUGCACAGUUGAUGAAUGACUUCUUGAUUACCUCUCUGCUGCUGAUAUCUAUGUCAGAGAUGAUUUUAGGAGCAGAUCUUUAGGGGGGCUUUGCUCAUAAAGGAACCGUGACACAGAGAGUUCUUUUCAAGUGUUCAAUCAGAUUACUAAACCAUUCAUUUUACUUACUAACACGAACUUUUCUAGCAUAUACCAUUUUUAACAACAAUUACAAAAAUAUAAUUAUAGCAAUUUUUAGUUUUAUGCCAUGAAACAGUUUGGAAGGAAAUGAAGAGAAUAUUAUGUUAUUAUCAUAUAAUAUAUUAUACACUCUCAGUUCUGCCACUAUGACAUUGUUCAUCAUGCAACAAACCCCUUAAAUCCUACAACAAACCAGAUUUUAGGUCUUACAUCUCGUCAACUCCUGAAAAUUAAAUUCUCAGCCUACAGCUCUGGUUUUGCACUGUUUACUCCUGAUGAAAGCCCCUAAACAGCAUAUGUGGUGUUGUUUUUUGCUGUCUGGUUCAGGCAGAGACUGCAGUAUCUGCUAAAAAACAAAUUAAGGACAUCUUUACUGAUCCAUGCAGCUGCUUCCCAACAUUAUAAUCCUCUUUAACUUCCGUUUAAAUGGUUGUUGACUCAUGCAUAUUCAUUUAUUUUCUCUCGUUCUGCUACCUUUGUGUUGAUGGUUGUGUCCUUGACAGCGUAUAUUUUCUGUAAUGCUUUGAGUUGCAUACUUUGCUUGUCAUGGCUCUAGAAACAUAGCAAUAAUUGUAAAUGUUUGUUUUUAACUUUAAAGACCUUUUUUUGUCCUUCACUCUGUCUCCUUGGGAAGACGGAUUGUUCUUAAGUUUUCAUCAGUUUUUAUCUGCAAAUUGAGGCAGAGAUGAUCGACAGAAACAUUCAGGCAUGGACAGAGCAUGUCAUCAUGGGCAAGGGAAAAAGGCGCCCUAGAUGAGGGGAUAACAAUUUAAUAGUAGUAGUGGUCAAGUAAAUGUGUCAUCGUCUCCUCUCUGAAAGAUGCUGAUUGUUCGUAUCUCUUCCUGACUCUGUCCUCAGAGGGAGCGCAGCAGGUUAAAGACUGACAGCAGGUCUCCUCCCUCCCCAGAGGACACUCGAGUGGAGUUUGUGGACAGAUACCUGGAGAAACACAUCACGCCUGUCACUCUGAAGUCCAACAUUAAGACGAACCCACUGUACACAGACAUCAGAGUGACGGACACGGGAGACAACAAGAAGACAAAACCGUCCUGGACUGUCAGAGAGUUCGACACUCAAGCUGUCAACGGAAACCUGGCUGAUUAUCUGAAGGUGAGCGAGGAUGAGGAGGACAGAAAGGUCAAAGAUAGAAAGACAGACUGAGGGAUGAAUACUAUUUCAGGCCUUACAGCGUCACAAAGAGCAACUGAACUGGAAUCUCUGUCUGGUUUGGCAUGUCCCCUGAUACCAUAAUACAUAUUGAAAGAUGACCACUCUUUUUUUUUAGCCCUCACAUUCCCGGUCUCUCAAAAACCAUCCUGCCAAGUUUCUAAAAGCCCAAAAGAAAGUUGAAUAAAUAGGUAAACAAAUAAUAGGUAAGAAAGUAAAGCAGGUCUGGGUACUAAGAAUUACAUUAUUUUAAUUUCUGAGUGUCAUUGAUUUGAUGAGGCACAUGACCUUUAGUUCCCAACAGUGCAACAAGUCCUUCAAAAUAAAAUGGCAGUGAGAAAUUUGCUGUCCGUUUACAGUUUUACAUAUCUGUCAGGACUGUGUUGGCUUAAAUAGAGUCAUUAUUGAAGGGUGCCAAUCCCCUGAAGACCAGCAGCUCAAUAAAUUCCUGAUGGGUCUGGGUGAAGGUGCGGGUUUUACAUCUUUUCCUGCUUGAUGUUUUGAUCACCCUGCUGCUGCAUAAUGUGCUUUCACCCCCCCUCCACUAUUUUGCAGUGCCUUGCAGGAAUGAGUAACUGAAGACAAAGCCUCAAAUAUUUUGGGUAUAAAGAAAAGAUUUAAGAGUGAAACUGCAAAUGUGAAGAUAUUUAGUAUUUAAAACAGACAAAUAUACUGAAAUAAACGGAGCAUGGAGCUCAAUAACUGCUGAAAGUUUUGGGUCAAGGUGAAAUUUAAUGCAGUGCUGCCACCCCGUGUUCAACUUUAACUUCAUUUACAAACCAGUAACAAGCCAAAUCUGUUAGCUCUGAAUUAGGUCAAGAUCAAGCUUUACAUUUAAUCCUGUUUCUCCACAGUUUAAUUUUACAUGAGAUGACUUAUAUAUGAAGGGAGCAGAUGUGAAGUACUGCUGCAUGCUUUAAUUUGACAGUAUUUCUAUUUCCUCUGCAGGAGGAGGAGAAGACGGCCAAAGAUCUGGACUUCUGGCUGGAGGAUCUUUACACUCCCGGUUUUGACUCUUUGUUGAAGAAAACAGAAGCUGAACAGAAGAGAAAAAGACUCUGUAAAAUCAUCUCUGCUGUCAGUGUGUCGGUCUGUGUGGUUCUUAUUGUAAUCAUUGUGCCAGUUCUGGUUUUACAGAGUAAAAACUGA